GUGAGUACCGUUUCUUGGAUUGGAACGAAGAAUCCGUCGAAAAAUCGGGCGAGGGUUGGAAAAUCGGAAAAUUAGGAAUGUCAUGACGGAAGAGGAUCGAAGGAUGGGAGGAGGCGGAUUCUCGCGCAUUUCUUGGGAGUGAGUAUGCUUGCUCAAAUGCUGACCUUUUUGCCCCUGUAGAUCAGCAAUGGCUCAACGCGUCACUCUCCGCAAGCGCAACCCCUACAACACCACCUCUAACCGCCGCCGCGUUGUGAAGACGCCCGGUGGCAAGCUCGUCUACCACCACAUCAAAAAGCUCGUCUCGCAGCCCAAGUGCGGCGACUGUGGUGUCGGUCUCCCUGGUGUCCCUACUCUUCGCCCCCGUGAAUACGCCAAUGUCUCUAAGCGGAUAAAGACCGUUCGCCGCGCAUACGGUGGGUCGCGGUGCGGUGACUGCGUGAAGUCGCGCAUCCUCCGGGCAUUCCUCGUCGAGGAGGCCAAGAUCGUGAAGCGCGUCAUCAAGAGCCAGCAGAAGGGUGGCCGCAAGUAAAUUUUACUUGCGUCGUCAGGUUAUCGCUGUCCAUCUCUUUUUAUGGCUUUCGGCAUGCACCAUAUCAUCAUCCUCUAUGCAAUUAUUGCAUUCAUGUACCACGGCCAGACAAAAUGACAGACCUAACGGGUCCAUAUAUGCGAUUCACGCAGUUUGAGAGCAAUGACAGAAUAAAAGAGGAUGUUCCUGCUGCUGUCAUCAUAACGUUCAUCGCUCGUCUAAUUUCAGACGUUAGGUGCGAGUUUACGCGUGGCAACCUCUUGUAAAGUCGCCCGAAACUUUACCUACAAUGCUUUCGAGUGCGGUCUCCCUCUUAGACGAUAAAUAAGC